AGCCGCCGCGCAUCGGCGCCGCCGCCUGCCGGGCAUGGGGCCGCGGCGGGGGUGAGCGGGGGCUGCCGCGGCGCUCGCCAUGGCCUGCACCAUCGAGAAGGUCCUGGCGGACGCGCGGACGCUGCUGGAGCGGCUGAAGGAACACGACACCGCGGCCGAGUCGCUCAUCGACCAGUCCGCCGUGCUACACCGCCGCGUGGCCGCCAUGCGGGAGGCGGGCGCGGCGCCGGCCGAGAAGGUGAGCGCGGCGGGGCCGGGCCGGGCCGCGGCGGGGCCGGGCCGCGGCGGGCCGCGCCUGACAGCGCCGUCUCGGCAGGGCCCGGGCAGCGCGGCGGAGCGGGCCGGCGCGCCCCGUCUGCGGCCGCACGUGUUGCUGCCCCAGGAGAACACGCAGAUCCGCGACCUGCAGCGGGAGAACAGAGAGUUGUGGAUCUCGCUGGAGGAACACCAGGAUGCCUUAGAGCUCAUCAUGAGCAAAUACAGAAAGCAGAUGCUGCAGCUAUUGCAAGGGAGAAAAGCUGAAAAAGCACAGCCAGUCUUGAAAGUUCAUCAGGCUAAUUGUCUGGAAAUUGAAAGUCAAAUAGACAGAAUAUUUGAGAUGGGAGAGGUGAUGAGAAAAGCUCUUCAAGUUGAUGAUGAUCAGUUCUUUAAAGUUCAAGAGAAACUAGCUCAGUUGGAGCUUGAAAACAAAGAGCUCCACGAACUUUUGUCAAUCAGCAAAGAAUCUGUUGAGGUGGGGAAAGAAGAUCUGCCUGACAGGGAAGCUCAGGUCACAGAAUAACCUUAUUUCUCAAAUCUUGUCUUCUGAAAAAUCCAGGAAUCGACCCUACAAGGAAGGAUGGUUUGUGUUCUGUUCUUUCAAGUCUGUCUUUGUAUGUCUGUUUUAUCUUAAAAAAAAUUGGCCUGUUUUCUCUGCAUUUUUUCUGAAAGUAACACUUUGAUGGCAAAGGCUUGUGUUGCUGUUCAGUCUUAGAAGUUGCAGCGUAUAAAUGCUUAACAGUGAAGUGUUUAUGAUGAUCUAUUCCUUUGCAAUAGUUUGUUUUCUCUCAUAAACGUGGUUUUGAAUCUGCUUUAGUUGAGAAUUCCAACUGUGCAGACAGCACUUAGAUUAUUUCAUUUGAUAGAAACAAUAAGAAAUUAUUUGAAAAUUAUAUUGUAAAUGGCAGGUGCACAUUUUACUUUCCUCUGAAAGCACACACACAAUUUGGCUGGGUUAACAUGCUUACUGGGAAACAAACAACUUGCUGGAAGCAGAUCAAAAGAAUAGCAGACAAUCAAUAAUGCACUUCGUAAUUCAUAUAAGGAGUAUACUUUCCUUGAUUUAGAGGGGAAGAUCAGAAUGAAUAGUCAUUUUUCACAUCUCCACAUGUCAGUGUGGCUUGUCUGCCUAGUGUUCUUUUCUUUCUUUUCUUCAAUUUUUUUGUUUUGAUUUUUUUGUUAAUGGGUAGACCUGUCCCGGCUCUACCUGUGCUGCAAGGUGUGUGGUUAUUAGAUAGCUCUGAUCUGAGGCACUGCUCUCCAGCCAAUAGAGUAAGCCCUGCAGAGAACACAACACUUUCUGAUCAAAGCUGUUUGGCUGCCCCCUACUUUGGGCUUCAGGCUGGGUGAGCUCAGGUCUGGCUCAAAAAAUUAAACCAAAACCAAACAUACAGACAUAUUUUUAAUGUUAUAUCACAGGUAAGUCUAGUGACAGAUGUUAUAUAGUUAUUGUAAAAUCUCUUACUGAUUUAAAUUAGUGUUGCAGUGUCUAAGAAUUUGUCAAUAUUGUUGUAUUUUAAUGACUUUAUGUAAAUAUUUGUCUCAGUCUUUCUUACCAGUGAUCAAAGGAAAAUCCUUCAAGAACAGCAAGUCUCUUAUUCCCAGUGUUAGUUUAAAUUGUUAUGCCAUUCUUUUCCAAGUGAGAAUUUUGAUAGAUGCAGAAGGUGGUCUAAGUCUUGUGCCUAAGACACAAAGAAAAUUACGAGACAUUUCUUUGCCACCAUUUGGAACAUCCAGAAAGAUGGCCUGGUAGAGAUGAGGAUUUUCUGUACAGGAAUAUCCUUAUAUAAAAUCAUUUUCUACUUUAAAUUAUUUCUUAAUAGGGAAUAAAAAUAAGUAUGGGCAGUA